AUGGCCCCUGUGUCCUUCAUUCUGCCCACUCAUAUGUUCACUGGGGCCCUCCUUGGUGCCAGGCACCCGCUACUGAGGGGUGCCAAGCCCCUGCCAGAGAAGCUUGGAGCUGGGUCACAGCAGCAAGGGGACUGGAGGCAGUGGCGUAAGUGUAGUGGUCAGUAUAAAAGCAGAUACGCACUCCGAUUCUGGCAGUGCAGCGGUGGGAACCUCUCCAGGCGCACGAACCCUGCCCACGAUUUCGGAUCGAUUUUUGGGCGUUUGACCAGAGGUGCAGGGGAUGAGGAGCGCUUCCUACCGCUAGGGGACUUUGGGGUCAGAGCGCCCCGGCCGCCUGAUGGCCGGGGCAAGGUGCGACCCAGGACCCAGGACGGCGUCGGUAACCAGACCGUGGCCCCGAUCCCCAAGACCCUAAAGUUCGUCGUCGUCAUCGUCGCGGUCCUGCCGCCGGUCCUAGCUUACUCUGCCACCACUGCCCGGCAGGAGGAAGUUUCCCAGCAGACAGGCCCACAACAACAGUGGCACAGCUUCCAAGAGGAGAAGUGUCCAGCAGGAUCUCAUAGAUCAGAACAUACUGGAGACUGUAACCCGUGCACAGAGGGUGUGGAUUACACCAACGCUUCCAAUAAUUUGUUUUCUUGCCUCCCAUGUACAGUUUGUAAAUCAGGUCAAACAAAUACAAGUUCCUGCACCAUGACCGGAGACCCAGUGUGUCAGUGUGAGGAAGGCACCUUCUGGGAUAGGAACUCCCCUGAGAUGUGCCUGGAGUACAGCAUAGGGUGCCCUAGUGCGGAAGUCCAGGUCAGUGAUUGUACGUCCUGGAGUGAUAGCCAGUGUGUUGAAGAAUUUGGCACCAUUGCCACUGUGGAAACCUCAGCUGCUGAAGAGACAACGACCGCCGGGACUCCUGCCUCUGCUAGUUACCUCUUAUGCACCAUCGUAGGGAUUGUAGUUCUAAUUGUGUUUCUGAUUGUGUAAGUUUGCACUUUGGAAGAAAUUCCUUCCUUACCUGAAGGAAGGUGGUGACUGAGGGCAGGGGCGCUGGACAUUCUCUGCCCUGCCUCCUUCUGCUCUGUUCCCACAGACAGAAAUGCUCACCCCUGCCCCAAGUCCUGGUGUCUCCAGCCUGGCUCUAUUUCCCUCCUUGUGAUCGCCCCAUCCCCACAUCCGGUGCACCCCCCUGGACCCUGGUCUCAUCAGUUCCUAUCCUGGAGCUGGGGGUCCCCACAUCUCCCAGCCAAGUCUGGGAGAUGGCAGGGCCAGUUCUUCCCAUCUUCAGGCCCAGCCAGGCGUGGGGCAGUCAGCUCCUCAACUGGGUGACAAGGGUGAGAAUGAGAAGUGGUCACGGGAUUUAUUCAGCCUUGGUCAGAGCACAACACAGAG